AUGGCGGCGCUCUCCUGCCACUGGCCCGGCCCUUGCGGGAGCAGGGAGGAGGCUGUGGGCACCAGGCCAGUUGGCCCGGAGCUCCCGAGCGACACCUCAGACCCAGGACAUGUUCCCGGUGAUGUGACAGGAGAGAAGUCGCAGCUGGAGAUGGCCAAGGCCUGGAAUCGACUAGAUGCUGUUUUGCAGUGUCUGUUGGAGAAGAGUCACAUGGACAGGGAGCACCUGGAGGAGGAAGCUUCGACAACGCCUUGGGCACCCACGACUUAGAAUUGCUCCAUUGCGAGGGGCGCCUGGCCAGCUCCCUCAGUGGAGCAUGUGACUCCUGGAGGGGAAAGGGAGGUGGGUUAUGGGCCAGCUGAGCGAGGACCUCGGCGAUCCAACAGGUAUGUGAUCAAGCUGUUUGACCGGAGCACAGACUUGGGUCAGUUCAGCCAGAACACAUCGCUGUACCCGCUCUGCCGGGCCUGGAUGCCCGACAGCCCCUCAGGGCAAGAGCGUGAAUGCCCACUCGGUUCACCACUGCCACCACUGCCUGAGGAUGAGGAGAGGUCAGAGGUCACUGACUGCCUCCACCCACUACCCCCAGACCACCUGGAGGGGCUUGCGGGAUUUCCAGUUCAAUCCCCGUUGCAGCCCGAGACCCAGGGUACCCCUGAUGAUGAGCCCUCCAAGCCUGAGCCCUCAGCACCCACACCCUGGACAUUCCCCUCCUUCACAUCUUAA